AUGGAAACCGAAACUUUGAGACUACAAGUGGCUACGAGGAUGUCGAAGCUACCUUCGAAUCUAGGGUUCACAAGUGCUGUCCAAAUCGAACUACACGAAGUAAUCCAUGAGAUGCUCGAAGAUGUUACUGGAACAACACCCGUGGUGGCAUCACUGUCGCCAAUCUCUCAUGUUCUCCUGAAGCCACGUAGCUUCCUACCAGAACAGCUCUCCCGUCUCCUUCGUCGUCAACUUCACCGUGAUACUUCUAUUUGUGAAUCUUUGGCUGAGAAAAUCUCUUCUCUUCGAUUUUCGCGUGCUAAUUACACUCUCUAUCAAAGACCUUUUCUCAUGACGGUGAAAGUGAGAGUCAUCAAAGAGGUUCGGUUUAUCGUAUCCCCUGUUUCUGCUCCGUCGAGUGGUGCUCCGGUGGAUGUGUUUCAGAGAUUGCUUGAGGAACAAACUGUGGAACCGUCCAUGGAUUCCGAUGAGUCUUGUUCAAUCUGUUUUGAGAAGCUGUCUGAUUCGUUAUCGGAGACUUAUCAUAACAGCAUCAUUCAGAUGCCCAAGUGUUUGCAUUCGUUUCAUCAAAAAUGUAUUUUUAAGUGGAUUGGUCGUCAAAAUUCGUGUCCAUUGUGUAGGAGAGUUCCGUUCGAAGAGGAUGAAGAUUAG